CAAAAAUCUUUUAUCUUCAAUGUCACAAAGACCACCUGUACCAUAAAGUAACACAGACAUCUAAAUUAUUAGAUUAAGCACCAUAACCAUAAUAAUACCCUCCUGCUCCAUAAUAUGCUCCAACAUUAGCUCCAUAAUAUGCUCCAACAUUUGCUCCAUAAUAUGCUCCAUAAUAUGCUCCAUAAUAUGCUCCUUAAUAUGCUCCUGUAAGCACAUAUGUUCCCCAACAAUAUGCACCUGCUCCUAUUGCACCAUUAACAUAUAGUGUUGCUAGACCAGUUGCUCAACCUGUUGUUGCUUAACCUGUUGUUGCUUAACCAGUUGUUGCUUAACCAGUUUUGUAAUAAUCUGUCAUCGCUUAACCUGUUGUUUAAUAAUCAGUCCAUGUAUUAAUAUUCAAAUCAAAAUUUUAAGGCAACUAUUAAAGGAGAAUCAAGAAUUGAAUAUAUUCCUUAUCAAAAAGCUGUUAUGGAAUAUGAAGAAUAAGAAGUUGUUUAAUAUGUCCCAAGAGAAAGAAAAGUUACAGAUUAUUAUGCAGUUGAAUAUUAGACUGAAUAUAUUCCAUAAGUCUUCUAAGAAAAAUACACAGGUAUGUAAUUAUUAUAAAAUUAGAAUACGUACCAGUUGACAGAUAUUAAGAAAGAGUUGAAUAUUAUCCAGUUGAAAAAUAAGUUGUUCAUGUAUAAAAAUUGUUUUAAUUAAUUUUAGCAAUAAGUUCAACCAGUAGUAUAACAAGUUGUUUAACAACCAGUUGUUCAAUAAGUUGUUUAACAACCAGUUGUUUAAUAAGUUGUUCAAUAACCUGUCAGUGUUGUCUAACCAGUUUAAUCUGUUCCAGUGACAUAUGCACCAUAAUAUGCUGCACCAUAAUAUGCUGCACCAAUUGUCUCAUCAAGAGUUGUACCAUCAUAUCCCUAAUAACCAUCAUAUCCAUCAUAUCCAUCAUAUCCUUAAUAUCAACCAGCACCAUAAGCUUAACCAUAAUAAUAAGCACCAAGAUCUAAUUUGAAUGUUGCUUGAAAUAUUAAGUGCACAUAAAUAAAUUAUAUUGUUAUUAUCU